GGGUGACUUCCAUAGUUGCUCAAACGACGCAGCCUUUUGUCAGAGACGGAAAAAAAACACAGCGUCGUGUAGCGCAGAGGACUCCAAUGAUGUGGCUGCGCUGCGGGUGCGCUUCAAAGUGCGUCGUUUCUCCCCUCGGCCGUCGUUUCUUCAAGUCUUAUUUCCAAGCUCUGGGUCGAGGGAGGAGUAACGUGGCGGCGUUUAUGCCGGAGGCUGCGGGCUUUGAGGGGGUGUCGGACCACUCGGCGCUGCAGGACUUUUCCGUCUCCAACAGUGAGAGCUUCUGGGCCGCUGCGGCGCGCCAGAGGCUGAGCUGGAUCAGUCCUUUCCACACGGUCCAGGACUGCGAUCUGAGCCGGGGCAAGAUUAAGUGGUUUGAGGGAGGAAAGCUGAACGUGUCCGUGAACUGUCUGGACCGCCACGUGCACACCUGCCCUGAGAGGGUGGCCCUGAUCUGGGAGAGAGAUGAACCGGGGUCAGAGGUCAAGGUCACCUACAGGCAGUUACUGGAGAUGACAUGUCGCCUGGGCAACCUGUUAAGGCGGCGUGGCGUGAAGAAGGGGGACUGUGUCACCAUCUACAUGCCUCCUUGCCCUCUGGCCGUGGCGUCCAUGCUGGCCUGUGCCCGGAUUGGUGCGGCACACAACGUGGUGUUUGCGGGCUUCAGCCCCGAGGCUUUGGCAGAGCGGAUCAGAGACGCUCAGUCCAGCACCGUCAUCACGGUGAACCAGGGCGUCAGAGGAGGCAAAGUCAUCGAGCUGAAGAAGACGGUGGAUACAGCUGUUCACAGCUGCCCCACAGUACAGCAGGUGUUUGUCGCCAUGAGAACAGAGAAUCCGGUCGCCAUGACAGCCAGGGACGUCCUCAUGGAGGAGGAGAUGCUGAAGGAGGACGCGGUGUGUGAGCCGGCCGUCAUGGACAGUGAGGACGUUUUGUUCCUGCUUUAUACGUCCGGCAGCACAGGGAAGCCCAAAGGACUCGUCCACACUCAGGCUGGAUACCUGCUGUACGCUGCGCUCACACACCGGUAUGUCUUCAGCUACCAUGACGGAGACGUGUUCGGCUGCGUGGCAGACAUCGGUUGGAUAACAGGGCACAGUUACAGUGUCUAUGGGCCCCUGGCCAACGGGGGAAGCACUGUCCUGUUUGAGAGCACUCCUAUUUACCCUGACCCAGGAAGGUACUGGGAGAUGGUUCAGAGACUCAAGAUAAACCAGUUUUACGGGGCUCCCACAGCGAUCCGCCUGCUGCUCAAGUACGGCGACCACUGGGUGCAAAAAUACGACCGCUCCACCCUCAAAACUCUCGGCUCUGUGGGAGAGCCCAUCAACACUGAGGCGUGGGAGUGGUACCACAGAGUGGUGGGGGACGGACGCUGCCCUGUGGUGGACACCUGGUGGCAAACUGAGACAGGUGGCAUCUGCAUCACCCCAAGGCCAUCAGACCCGGACGCAGAGAUUGUCCCAGGAAUGGCUAUGAGACCUUUCUUUGGCAUUAAGCCCGCCCUCAUGGACACUGAGGGAAAAGUGUUGUCUUCCAACCACACAUCUGGAGCUCUGUGUAUAUCUCAGCCUUGGCCUGGCAUGGCCCGAACUAUUCAUAACAACCACCAGAGAUUCAUCGAGACCUACUGUCAGCCUCAUCCUGGUUACUUCUUUACUGGUGAUGGCGCCUAUCGCUCUAAGGAGGGUUAUUACCAGAUCACUGGUCGCCUUGAUGAUGUCAUCAAUGUGAGCGGUCACAGGAUUGGGACAGCAGAGAUAGAGGAUGUUUUGAAUCAGUGCUCUGCAGUGGCCGAGUCGGCUGUCAUUGGAUACUCGCAUGACAUCAAAGGUCAAGGUGUGUAUGCCUUUGUCGUACUAAAAAAGGGUGAGGACGCUCAAGAGGCGGACUUGUCCCGGCAGCUAAACGGCAUGGUGUCAAAUAAGAUCGCCAAAUAUGCCUGUCCAGACUGCGUCCAGCUCGUCCAGCGCCUGCCAAAGACACGUUCAGGUAAGAUAAUGCGGCGGGUGCUGCGGAAAGUGGUGGAGCGAGACUUGAACGGGUUGGGGGACCUCAGCACGCUGGAUGACCCUGCAGCGGUUCAGGAGAUCAUCGAAGGUCACCGUGAGCUCAGUAGUAAACAACAACAACCAUGAUAAUGAGAAAUCUGAAAACAUUCCCAUCUAAAGAUAUUAAAGUGAUGCUUUCAUGUUACUCUGUUUCAUUUAACUAGACUUACAAAUAUUGCUUUUAUUCUACAUGCAUUGAAAUUUUUAUGAAAUCAGGUAAACAACUCUGUAAAACCGUAUGUAUAAUCUGCAGAUGUACUCUGCUAUUGAUUAGAAUUAAAGGAAAGGGCUGAGAACAUUGUGUUUUUAUGACAAAAUUGGAACUAACAUUCCAAAUGUAGUGACUGUAAACAUAAUACAAUAAAAUAAUGUAAUCUCACGUAAAAACACACAAGUG